GUCGAAGUCAAAAAUGAAGAGCUUCAUUGUAGCGUUGUUUUGUAUUUCUUCCGCGUUCGGUGACGUGAGCGAGCUUUUCCACCAGCACGACUCAUUGGCUCAUCAUCUUCGAGAACAGAACCAGCACGGAGAAACAUUCAUCUUGGUGGAAAACCCCGUGGCCACCGAAUUCGGACUGCCAAACGGCAACGGUCACUUUGAGAUAAUUGAAGUUCAGCAUAACGAAGCCCAUGCUGAUUACCAGGGACCGUAUCACUACGAAAAGCCGAAAGUGCAGCUGGAAUAUGUGACCCCAGUUCCAACCCUGGAGGUCUUGUCUCCAAUCUUCAAAGAUCAACCGAACGUCUAUCUGCCACCAAACCACGGUGCAGACAGCUUGGUUAAACGUCAUGCCAAAUAUAUCGCUAGGCGUCGAGUUUGA